UCAUGAUAGACAAGAGGAGAACUAGGACGCGAGAAAGAGGAAACGACAGGACGCGGACGAGAUCAAUGCUGCUGUACUUUGCGUCACCUCAACGCCAGUUUAGAAAAAGUGAGAAGGUGGAGUAGAAUAAGGAACGAUAGGGUUGAUAUUUUGAAAACUAGUAAUAUGGAGGUUUGUAUGGAAUUUCUAAAUUUAGAGAUGGAAAAGCAACUGCGCACUGGAUUUCAAACACCCUGUACCAGAAAAAUAGGGGUAGGGAUGCACAUUUUAGUGGCUAUGCAAUUGAAUGGAGAAGCAAGAAAAUCGGUCCAAUAUGCAACAAAUUGGGUACAUCUUGAUUUUCACAAAUUGACGUAAACCGAUUUACUUGUCCAUAUCCCCAUACUGGGAUACUUUGACGUUCU